CUUCCUGCUUCCUGUUUCUCUGUGUCAGGGGGGCUGCAGUACAGCAGAAACAUGGAUAAAUUAAAAUAGUACAUAUGAAAACAUGAAAACCAAAGUAUUAACCUAAAUAAUUUUAUGAAGAGAAAAGCGCGACGCUGAACGAUACUAAGCAGGCACAAUGCAGACUGCAGCAGCUGUGGCCCAGGAAGGAGCUGUGAAGGCCGGGGAGCUCUGUGAGUCCAUUCAGCUGCCUCCCAAAGACACCAGCACAUCAGAAAUGUCUGAGCUCAGCAGUCCCAAGGCCCUGACCUUUGACCUCUUGAACAUGGUGAUCUCCUUUAAGCGCAUGGUGAUCUUUCUGGAGCCAGUGAACGAUAUGCUAGAGCUGGUGAAGUUCCUCUUGGGAUGGAAGAUGCCAGUCUGCUCUCUGUUCUGCUGUAUCGUUCUGAAUGUCCUGUUCCUGACCCUGAGUGAAGUGGCCUGGUUCUGCUUUUUGCUGCUGGUCAUAUCCAUGCCAGCAGUGUUGGGCUACCUUCAGGACCGCUCCCAGGUGGUGACUGGCGAGUCAGCUCUACAGAGGAAGCAACACCACACCGUACAGCGGCGCGACCUGCAGGCCGUCCACCUGACUAGGCAGGAGGCCAUCGUGGAGGUGAAGGGCCUGUUGAAACAGCUGGAUGACAUCUUGUCCCAGGCCUGUCUCUCGGCAGAGGCUGUCUACAAAGUGCUCUACUGGGAGAAUCACAUGUCCUCGUCCUUGUUCUAUGGCAGUUUGCUGACUGUGCUUUGCCUCUUGUACACCGCGCCUAUGGGCUGGGUUCUAACCACACUCAACAGUGCCCUCUUCCUGUGGAACAAAGAGUUCUGCCGAGUCCUUCUGGAGAAGAGAGACCUGCUGUACCAGGGGCGCCCAAUGCCUGCCGAGCAGGAGGCAGACACCUCAGUCCCAGAGCAGGUGGGCUUUGUGGACCAAACCCCCACGCCCAAUAGUGCUGAGGACUUUUCUCCAGGCAGCGUCGAGGAGGCAGAGGAGGCAGAGCCCGAUGAUGAGUUCAAAGAUGCAAUAGAGGAGUCCCAACUCAUGUUGCAGGAGACCCCGCUACCCUUGGUGGAAGAGGACGAUGUGCCGUCGGGGGUCCCAGAGUACGACAGCAUCUCAGACAACGGCCUCCUGAGCAGGAAUGAGCCCAUCCGAAGCAAGGUGUCCAAGCUGACGGAAAGGCUACGCAAGCGUUACCCAGCCAACAACAUAGGCAACUGCUCCAAUUGCAGUGCUGUCUUCUCUGUGCUGAAGAAGAGGAGGAACUGCAGCAGCUGUGGAAACAGCUUCUGCUCUCGCUGCUGCUCCCACAAGGUCCUCAAGUCGAGCAUGGGUGCCACAGCUCCCGAGGCCCAGAGGGAAACAGUGUUCGUGUGUGCCACAUGCAACAUGUUCCUCAGCAAGAAGGACUGAGAGAUGGCUCUGCCCACCCUGUCUGCCCCAUCGCCCACCUUUUCUGCCACCUGCCUCUUUCCUGGGGAGAACUGAACGUGAUUGAAUACUUAUUCUCCUGGAUGUCCCAGGCUACCAGUGGCCUCUCUCUCCCCAGGCCCCACUUUAUUUGGAGACUUCAGCAAAGGCCUCUUUCACUGGAGAGCAGUUGCAGGAUGGACCCUGUGUCAUAGACUUCCACUUGCAGUUUCCACAGAGGAGCAGAUUGCAUUUGUACCCGCAGGAGGCAGGCCGGUCCAUCAUUACCGACUAUGAAACUGUCCAAAGGGCUGCUGACGGCCACUGGAUCCACCGUACAGGCCUUGCCUCGGUCAUGCCCGUGGUACAGGAUGUAGGAGGCUUCCGACUCAGUCUUUUCUUACACCCCAGUUAUCAUUAUCCACUUACAGAGCUGAGGGUUAAAUUAGUGUUCCUUCAGGAUUCCAAUGAAUGUGUUAAAUGGGGCCGUUUGGAGUUUGUUGGAAGACACAUUUUCAGUCACACCAUAAAUUUGCCAUCGUACGCUAUUGUGUUCUUGUGUAAGGCCAUUGCCCUUGUUUCAGCUUGCAGCCUCUUGGGUGGUGAAAAGGGUCUACAAUGGAUUGAGUGAUUGCACACAUGUAAAAAGGCUUGCGUUUACAGACGGUGAGGAUCCAGAAACGGAGCUCUUUCAGCUGUGUCACAUACCGCUAUAGUCCUGUGGCAUAGCGUUGCUGUGUCCUCUCAUUUUCAGUCCCUUCGUUCCUCUAAGACUCAUCGACUGAUUCAUCACUGGGUAAGCGGUUCAUUUUUGUUCUCCAGAGCUUCUCCAGGUGAUCGGAGAGCUCCACCCUUAACCGGACCUGGUUCAUCUGAUACUUUGGAGGGAAGUUCUCAGUUUUUAAGUCCAUGAUUUUUUUUUCUUCAGUUGAAUUAGUUCUGUCAUUCACCUUGUAUUACUGUCUUGAUCUUCACCACAAAAACCUAACUCUCCUCAUACCUGGAGCUCAGCAGUUGACUGAAGUGCUCUUUUUAGUUUUAAGUGGUCCCCUCCCUUUGGCGUAAUUUGGCAGACAGGGAACAAACUGGCUUCAUCCUGCGCUGUUACCCCUAGGCCACUCUGAGUCCUGUCCAAACAAGAACUCAUCGGAAACAGGCGUUACCAUGCACAGCCCUCUAUGCAAACUCUGGUUUCUUUUCUUUAUAUGUGUAAUUGGCUAAUCAAAUUGCCCCAAUCAUCUUGUACUAUAAAUCUGCAUAGUGACUGAUGAAGCAUGUGAGUCAUAGCACGCGUGAAAGGACUCCUGUUCCCAAUUAACGCACUUUACACAGACAUUGAUGGAAUUUUAUACUGACACAAAGAGGAAUGUACAUCAUGCAGAGGAUUAAAAUGUUUCCUCCACAGUGUCCCCUUUACCCAGUCCGUAAUAUUCGUUUUGAGUGAUACUGAGUGUGUUCCUCCUUUAAGAAGGCCACUGUCGUCCAAAAAUGUAAGUCAGUCACUGGGUUAUGCAGUUAUUGUAUUUUCCUGCAGUGUAUGAGAAUCCUGUACUGUAGACUUCUAUACUUUGAUGGUAUUUAGUCUCAUAAUGUUAUACAUGGAAUGUGUAUUUGAUCAGCUCAGUGUUCAUCAGUGGACAUGCUUGUUUUAUUUCAGUGACUUGAAUAAAAUACUCACUGUAGUGUCAUUGAACUUGUUCCUUC